AUGCAUAAGCUUAACACACCAUUUGCUUGUAGGAAGGGGAAGUACUUCAUUGAAGAAUUACUAUUUGUCUUGGCUGAUAUGUUUUCUAAAGCUUUAGAAAGGAAAUUCAUAAUAACUCAAAGGAAUGACAACAUUGAGAACUCUCUUGAUAGCUUCCGGAAAGCCUUUGAUGUUGUUUAUGUGAAUGAUGCAAACAUGUGGGGAGUAGUCAAGCUUGCCUAUGAACUCUGUUCUACUGGAAGUAAUUAA